CUCUGAUAUCCUCAGAAGAUAGACUGGUAGGACUUCCCAUCAUGCACUGUGUUUUUUUCAGCAGCUUUGAACGUUUGGUCUGCUCUUGGCCUUGAUCUUCAGCUCAGAACAAUCAGCAAUCAGAGAUUUCCUGUUUCCUUCUGUGGCUCCAGCUGUCACCGCCUCGGUUGUCCUCUAAGGGAUCUGGGAGUGGCCGGUUCUGGUCCAGUUCGGUUCUAUGAGGUUUUGAAACUUUAUGUUGAGGACCACAAGCUGCACAAUGCUAGAGUGGGUAGUGACCAGCUGUUUGGCGGCGCUGGUGAGAAAGUGCGCCGCACGCCUUUCUGAGUCUGUGCUCAGAACAGCUGCUGCUCUCAUCUGAUUGGUUAUUGUGCUCCCAGCAAAGCAGCAUCAGAUAAAGUCCUCUGAAGAGGGAGGGGUCAGGGCCAUCUCCUGAGCUUUAUAGAACCAUCAGCUUCCUGUUUUUUUUAAGUCUUCUUUCUCUGACUCUGGAUCUAGUCUUUUUUUUUCCUGCUCAGGUCCUGGUCCUGCAGGUGAUGGUCCGGCCUGAAGCCUCAUCUAUCCUCCACCUGCAAGCAACACUGUCGUACCGAAGCAUAUCUAUUGUUUUUAUUUCACCUUUAUUUACCAUUUAUUGACCAGCUGAUAAUAAAUGAUGACCUGGCUGGCGCUAGAGAUCAUCUGCAGCCUUCUGCCUCACAGAAGACCUUGAAGUUUCUAAAAAAAACACAGAAGACAAACCUCACGGUGUCCUGAUCCGCCGCACGAUUCAAGGUUAAGUGUGAGGGACGAAGGAGGAGGGGACAUAAAGCUGGAACAAAAUGUGUGUCUGCAUAUGUGUGUCUGUAGGGGUGAGUCUGUAUGUGUGCCUCCUGAAGGUCAGUGAUCAUGGACCUCCUCAAGCAUUCAUCCUCUUUUCAAAAACAAAUGGGUGUGGCCACACAGAGACAAUCAAGGUGCCCUUCCACGCCCAUCAUCUGUGGUCAUUUGUGUGUCUCUGUGUGUGUAUGGGGAGUAAUGACUGUGAGAGAGAAACAGACAGACAUGAUUUAAACAGCCUGGCAGACAAAUGAGAGUCAGGGGGCGGUUUGAGCGCGUGCAGAAGUCAUUCGGCAGGAAGUCAGACAGAGAGGAGCAGCGACCGGAUCGAGGAGCAGCAACCGGAUCGAGGAGCAGCGACCGGAUCGAGGAGCAGCGACCGGAUCGAGGAGCAGCGACCAGAUCAAGGAGCAGCGACCAGAUCAAGGACCUGUUGAGACGAGAGCAGUUGUGUAGACGUCUUCAUCAAAGGACUUCAGAGGCUGAGCAUCAGAGUGGGAACCUUCACGGACCAGUGCACAGGCAGAACCAGAACCAGCCCUGAUCACAUCUGUGUGAACCUGCAAACAUCCAACCAGGUCAAACUCUUGGUCCACGUCUCCAUGGCGACUGGUGUACUGCUGCUGUGCACGUGGGCCAGCUUGUGCACAUCCUUUAACCUGGACACAUCCUUCCCAUUGUUAAAGACAGGCCAGAAUGGAAGCCUGUUUGGACUCUCGGUAGCUUUGCACCAGGACCUGAACCCCAAAGACUACCGACUAUUGGUUGGAGCUCCCAGGGAGGAGGCGGAGCCUGGUGUUCCAGCCAGUAAAACAGGCGGGGUUUACAGCUGUCCAGUUACUGCUGAUCAGUCCGAGUGUCGGAGGAUGGCGUUCGUAGAUCCAGGUCUGAACCCCUCUGAAGACCUCGUGGAGGACAUGUGGCUGGGCGUUUCUGUAGCCAGUCAGGGUUUCGCUGGGGGCAGGAUUCUGGCCUGUGGUCAUCGCUUUGUCAAAACUUAUGGCCCUUUCAAAGAAAGACAGAUGAUUGGCCGCUGUUAUCUUCAUGGAAUCAAUGAAAGUGAGAUGCAGUUCGUAUACCAGCCCUGCGACCACAGGAACAACUUCAUUCGUGAGGCCAUGUGUAACGCGGGCAUCUCAGCCUUCAUCACCCAGGACCAGAUUGUGGUUGGCUCUCCAGGAAGUUUCAUGUGGCAGGGAAAUGUGCAUGCCUUCUGGAGGAAUCCUGACGAUGAGUGGGAGAUGUGGGAGAGGGACUUGUCUGACCUGGAGCAGCGACACAUUUACAUAGGCUAUUCCGUCACUCAGGCCCGCCUUGUUUUGUCCAAAGAUGAGGAAACCAUUGUGACAGGAGCUCCUCGGGACGGUAAAGAGGACGCUCGAGGCUCAGUGUGGCUGCUGGUCAAACAGUCCAGGAAGCUGGUGAAGAGGCAGGUCCUGCACGGCCAGCAAACGGGCUCGUACUUUGGGAACGCGGUCACCAUCACUGACCUCAACGGAGAUGGGUGGAAUGACCUGCUGGUCGGUGCUCCCUUCUACUUCAACCGUCAGAAGGGAGAAGGCGGAGCAGUGUACAUUUACAUGAACACAGGGGGGCGUUUUGAGACCACGCCCACUACGGUGCUGACUGGCCCUCCCGGGUCAGCAUUUGGAAUAGCUGUAGCUGCUGCUGGAGACCUGAACCAGGAUGGUUUCCAGGAUGUUGCAGUGGGAGCGCCUUUCCAUGAGAGCGGGAGCGUAAUGAUCUGGACCGGGAGUGAGGACGGGGUGCGUCCAGAGCCCAGCCAGGUGAUUCAUGGCAGCAGCGUCUCUUCACGUUUCAGAACAUUUGGAUACUCCCUGUCAGCAGGUCUUGAUGUUGAUGAGAACCAAUAUCCAGACCUACUCGUCGGUUCUUUGGACGACACCGUGGUUCUACUCAGAACUCGUCCCAUCAUCCAACUUAAUACAACUUUGCAAAUUUCCCCAGAUGUCAUUGACCCAAACAACUGCAACUUCUGUAUCCAGGUGCAGAUGUGUUCCUUCUACAGCCUGAAUGAUGGAGGGAGAGGAGACGACAGCAUCAAGAUCUUCUUUACUCUGACAGCUGAUGUCACAAGCCUCAAGCCCCGCCUCCUAUUUCAAAGUAACGGCCAGACCGCUUUCUCUGGGUCCUUCACGCCGAGACAGUGUGAGACUGUGAGAGCCGGCGUCCUGAGUCCGGUCCAAAACCAGGUGGAGCCUCUGGUUUUCUGCCUGAAUGUCUCAUUGUUGGAGAAACAACCAAAUAAAGGAAAUGUGAUGCUGCCUGUGCUGGGACAGACCCUCCAACCCACCAAAGCCCAGAUCCACUUUCAGAAAGCCUGCGGUUCUGACAACCGUUGUCACAGCAACCUACAGAUGCAGGCCCGAUUCACGGAUGAGAACCAGAACCCCUUCCCGGAGAAGCUGGGCCAGCAGGUGAUGCUCUAUCACGCCAACAUGAAGAGGCUUCUCCUGCAGGUGAACGUGAGCAACGUUCCUUCAGAGGGCCGGCCUGCAGAGGAAGCCCACCACACCUUCCUCUGCAUCAGAAUUCCACCUUCUCUGAUUUACUCUGGUGUCCAGAUCCAGGAAGACAUCUUUGAGUGUUCUGUUGAGGCCUCAGUUCUUAUAUGUGAGCUGGGAAACCCGUUCCGAAGCAACCAGAAGGCUGAGAUUCUAAUCAAAUUUCAGCCAUCUGAGAUCAUCUUGAACAGCAGGGAGAUACAUUCCCAGCUAACGCUCACCACGCUCAGCGAGCAGUCGGAUCUGUCUCCAGUAUUCAUCUCUAUGUUGGUAGAGUAUUCCGUCAAUCUCCAUGGAAAUUCCCCGGGUCACCUAGGCAACCUGAGUGUGGAGUUUGAUUGGCCGAUGGAGACAACGAAUGGAAAGUGGCUACUGUAUCUGACACAGAUCCAACUGAAUGGCACUUCUGAGUCCGUCUGCUCUCCACCUGGCAACAUCAUCAACCCCCUAAAGCUCCAGGAGGAGAAGGGGAAGAGGAGGACCCCAGAAGAAGAAGACAAGAAAACACAGCCUGUCCUUCACCUGCAGGGGCUAACGAAGAAGUCCUACACACUGGACUGUCUCCAUGGGGCAACCUGUCGGCACUUCGCCUGUCCUCUGGUUGGCAUGAAUAACUCUGUGACCCUGUGGGUUUGGAGCCGAUUGUGGAACUCCACUAUGAUUGAGGAGUUCAGAGAUGCAAGGACUGUGGUUGUUCGGGGUCAAGCCACCCUGAAGCUGCACACCGACAAACCCACGGUCCACAUGGAGUCUCAGAGCACAGAG